GAUUUUCUCUUCUUAAUCACACCCAUCUCUCCUGAACCAACCUCAUUUUCUCCACCGCAAGUUCUAAUCUCAUUCAUUCCUUUUCUCUACUUUAAUAAAUAUCGCAGAAGUUUGCAAUGAAAAAACACAUUUUUCUGUCUUUUACUGCUAACUCCUUUCUCCAUCUAAAAAUUUGGACCUAUAAAUAAAUGGGGGUCAGUGUUUAGUUUUCUUCCAAACUUUCUAACCGGCAAUUUCCAUAGACCUCCAAAAAUGUGCAGAGGAUUUCCAGAGGGAAACAGAGGCAUUAGUUCCUGUCUGAAACAGGGUACUUCAUCGUCACUGUUACCGUCGCUGGUCCGGUGUGAGCUCUGCAACUCGAGGGCUUCAUUGUAUUGUCCGGCCGAUGAUGCAUUUCUAUGUCGGAAAUGUGACAGAUGGGUCCACCAGGCUAAUUUCUUGGCGCUCAGACACAUCCGAUGUUUCCUGUGUAACUCCUGUCAGAAUCUCACCAGAGAUAUCUCAUCGGAGCUUCGACGGAGGUAGUGCUGCCGACGAUCGUUAGCUUGAUGUCGGAGAGUCAAGGAAGGCGGUGUGAUUCUGACGUUGAGAGAGAGUGUUCCACGAAACUCAAAACUCCUUUUCUUUCUCUUUGAUCCUUCCCUGUUUUGAUUUUACCCUCUUAUUUUUUUUCUUUUUUCUUUUAUGCAAUCAUGAUGGGAGAAGUUUCUAGUUAGUUUGCUUUCUGAAGUAGUAUGAAGAAAGUGGGGAAAAAAGAAAGAUUACAGAAACUUGAAGUCCAUGAAGAUGAGAAGAGAAUAAUGAAGAUAAUUAUUAGGAUCUCAAUAUGCAAUCUUUAGAAUCUAUAAACAAGAUUGAAUCAG